UCGCCCUUGUACUCCAUCUAAACAACAAACACAUUUUAAACUUUGGAAAGUGGUCAAGUCUUCCAACUUAGCCCUCUCUAUUCGUAACAUAUUUUAGUUUUGGGAACACAAAACGGUAUUGAGAUCAAAUGUUUCAUGAUGAGAAAAUUUGCUGAAUAUCGGCCAAAUUCCAUCUCCCCUACUUGGAUUCCUCUCAUCACCUUGGUGUUGAGUGGAAAUGUCCAACCGGAUACUUCAGAUUUAUACAUUCGGUGAAACGUCUGGUUUUACUGUUCUAUCUGUGUCAAAAUCCUGACAGCUGGCUUGUAUUUUAAUCAGGCAUCGAGAUAGGCGUUCUGUUUUUGGGGGUCCUUGCGUUAGUUCCUGGUCCACGUAUGAGACAGAUCCAAACGCUAAUAUUUACCUAACAAAGAUUUACCAGAUAAUGUGUAAAUGUGACACUAUAGUCGAUCUGUUGAUUAUUCAUCCCGGUCUAUAAAUUGUCUGGGAUAUUUAUUUAUUUUUAGUUUUGGACGUCGCUGUUGUUAUACGGAUGCAGAAUGUCUUGGUUGGCUGACCUGGCAGGGAAAGCUGAAGACUUCCUGAAUAAAGUGGAUGCAGGAGCUGCCAGCCUGACCAAACCCCAAGGCCGCACCUCCUCCUUCUCCUCAGCCUACGAUGCUCCUGACUCCACUGAAACCUCUCAGUACAGUAGCACCGGCUACAGCAACAACACAUCAGAGACACAGCAACACCCCUAUGGGAACUCCACCUCCCACAACGCAUCAGGAUCUGGUUUCAUUACUGCAGCUGCUGGCAACAUAAAAAAAUCCAAAGGUUCCCUGUUGACUAGCUCAGCCACAGUCUCCACUACCAGCACCCUUCCCCUGGGGUCUUCCAGCACUGCCUCCUCCUCCAGCUCCAUCAAACCCUCCUCCAGCUUUGUGAGGCCCAGUAAGAAGAGUCAGAGUGAGCAAGAUGUAGAUGAUGACCUGUUGUUUGACUUCCUUAACAGCUCAGACCCUCCGGCGGCCAACGAGAGGCGGGAGGUCAGACCAAGAGAUCCUCUCAGAGUAUCUCCUGAAGGAUCAGGCUCCCCACAGCCAGCACCUCCUGUCUCGGCUGCUGCCCCCAUCAUGGUCCCCUCAGCCCCCUCCACGCCCCCCUCCCUACGGGGCAUGUCGCGAACCUCCAGCUACAGCUCUCUGUCCACCAGUACUCACAGUGCCAAAACAGGGGGUUCGGAGGAUGGCUCUGCCAAAGAAAGUCAAGACACACCUGAUGGUUCUGACUCUGGGUUGGCUGUUCCCCAGUCUAUCACCUACCUAUCAGAGUCUCCGGCCACAUACGAGGCCCCUCCCCCAGCCCUGGCCCCGCCCCCUAUAGAGGAGCAGCAGAGUCAGAUGAUGUCCAGUCUGCGUUUGGAGAACCAGCUACUGAGGUCAGAGGUCACCUCCCUCAACCAGGAACUGGCAUCCAUCAUCCAGAGAGCCAAAGACACUCAGGAGGAAUUGAACCAGGCACGGUUACGCACAGAGAAGUGGAAUUCAGACCAGUCUCGCACAGACCGCACAGUCAGGGAGCUGCGGUCGCAGGUUGAUGACCUCACAGAGGCCCUCGGUGCUAAGGACGGGCAGUUGGCCGUGCUAAAAGUCAGGCUGGAUGAGGCAGAUCAGUUACUGAAGUCACGGAGCUCUGCUCUGGAGGAGGCACAGACUGAGAGGUCCCGGAUCCUCCAGGACCACACAGAAGGAAGCAGUAUGCAGUCCCAGGCCAUGACGACCAUGCAGGAGAGACUGAGGGAGGCAGACAUGGCUCUACGCAGGGAACAGGAUGGCUAUAGACAGAUGCAGAGUGAGUUUGCGGUGCGGCUAUCCAAGGUGGAGGCUGAGAGGCAGACGCUAGCGGAGGCAGUGACGGGCGCAGAGAGACGGGCUUCGGAUGACAAGCACCGGGUCGAGGACCUCCAACAGCAGAUGAGGAGUGCCCGGAACGCAGCCGAGACUGCCAAGCAGGAGUUACAGGACUAUAAAAGCAAAGCCUCCCGCAUACUACAGUCCAAAGAGAAGCUGAUCAGCAGCCUGAAGGAGGGGUCAGGCUUGGAUGGUCUGGAAGGAGGAGGAGCCGGAGUUUUGGAGCUGGAGGAGCUUAGACAUGAGAAGGAGCUGCAGAGAGACGAGAUCCAGAAACUACAGGGACAGAUGCAGACGCUCCGAGCUGAGAUACAAGACUUGGAGGUAGCGGCCCUGACUGAGGCAGAGACGUGGCGAGAGCAGCAGCUGGAGAACCAGGAGCAACAGGCCCGACAGACCAGAGCCAAGCAGGAAGUGGAGGCCGAGGUGGAGCGCUACAAACAGGAGCUACAGUAUGUAGAGGAGGAAAACCACCGUGCCAAGACAACACUGCAGAGUCGCAUCAAGGAUCGGGAAGAUGAGAUCCAGAAACUCAGAAACCAGCUGACCAAUAAGGCUCUGAGCAGCAGUAGCCAGGUGGAGCUAGAGAGCAGGUUACACCAGCUGACGGAGACUCUGAUCCAGAAACAGACCAUGUUGGAGUCCCUGGGAACAGAGAAGAGCUCACUGGUCUUUCAGCUAGAGAGGCUGGAGACCCAGCUGAAGAGCGUCCAGGGAGGAGGAGGGCAGACCGGGGGGCCGGCCAUUAACAUGAGCAGCAUGGAGAGCCCAGGAACACGACAGAGGAAUGCACCAAUCCUGUUCAACGACCACGACAGUCCAGGAGUGUAUGGCCAGGUACGCAAGGCAGCCAGCACCAUCGACCGGUUCAGCAUCCGGUUAGGAAUCUUCCUGAGACGCUACCCCAUGGCUCGGGUUUUUGUAAUACUGUAUAUGGCACUACUGCACCUAUGGGUCAUGAUUGUUCUGUUGACCUAUUCUCCAGAGAUGCAUGAGAUCCACGACCAUCCUGCAGGGACAUAGAACUCAAGGCCUGAACGAUGUCAUGAUAGAGAUUUUUAUAUAUAUAUAUAUAUAUGUAUAUGUGUGUGUGUAUGUUGUUUUGAUCUGGGGUAAGGUGAAGAUGUUUUCUCUUUGUCAUCAAAGACUAGCCUGGUGCCAGAUCUGUUUGUGCUGUUCAGACCUGCCUACCAUGCACACAACUUUAGGUCAAAAGUAUGCUGGUGUGGAGGGGGACCUUUAAAAUAACACACAUAGGCUUUUUAAAUCGGCGAAUUGUGGCUUUUGACUCAACCGUCAGAAGUUGGAGCUGAGCUAAUCAGAGGAGGAAAAUCUAUCUCUCAGCUACAGCCGGUAACCCUAAAGUCACAGUACUCUCUCUCAGCUACAGCCGGUAACCCUAAAGUCACAGAACUCUCUCAGCUACAGCCGGUAACCCUAAAGUCACAGUACUCUCUCAGCUACAGCCGGUAACCCUAAAGUCACAGUACUCUCUCUCAGCUACAGCCGGUAACCCUAAAGUCACAGUACUAUCGCUCAGCUAACUAUCGCUCAGCUACAGCCGGUAACCCUAAAGUCACAGUACUCUCUCAGCUACAGCCAGUAACCCUAAAGUCACAGUACUAUCGCUCAGCUAACUAUCGCUCAGCUACAGCCGGUAACCCUAAAGUCACAGUACUCUCUCAGCUACAGCCGGUAACCCUAAAGUCACAGUACUCUCUCAGCUACAGCCGGUAACCCUAAAGUCACAGUACUCUCUCAGCUACAGCCGGUAACCCUAAAGUCACAGUACUCUCUCAGCUACAGCCGGUAACCCUAAAGUCACAGUACUCUCUCAGCUACAGCCGGUAACCCUAAAGUCACAGAACCAUUUCUCAGGCUGGAUGGGAGGUCUCCGCCACGCCCGUUGAUACCACUGAUGUGUGAGGGGGGAAAAAAGGAGAACGAAUUGUUUUGCUUAAUUAAUACAUUUUCCAAAAUUGUGUGUUUAGUCAAGCACAUAACCACUAUUAUUUUGUAGUUAGCGCCUUGGUUAAGGCGUCAUUACGACGAACGUAAGUUAGCUACAGCAUGUAUUAAACGAACCGAGAACAUUUUCUUGACUGCACACGUUUUUGUUCUCCGUAACACGAGAGCGUUGACGAGCGACGGGGGGGGGAUGUGCGCAUCGUUGCGCGGAUAGGAAACGGUCAUGGCAGAGAGAGCUCCUCCACCCGGUACCGUCCUUCACAGAAAGUUAUGUUAAGACGUUUUAACGAUUACUAGGCGAAUGUUAAUGGAUCCGUUUUUUUGAUCUGUCCUCUUGAUUAUAGCUAGAUGUCAACAGAAGGCUGCUAAUGCUGUAGUAAAUCAGUUCACCAAUGACAACGAGGCAUGUUGAAUGAAUGGUAGUCUAGUAGUCAGACCUGAUGGAUGAGAUCAGGGAUCGAGAUCU